AUGAAUACAAAAACACUUCUGCUGAUUGUAUCAAACGAGUUAUGCGAAAGAUUCUGCUUUUAUGGACUGCGAUCACUUCUAUUCUCGUUCCUGCGAGCAGAAUACCUGCUCUCUGUUAGGAGUUCAACUGCAUUCCUCCACUUAUUCAUUUCAAUGAGCUACUUGUUUACACUGCUAGGCGGUAUUGUGUCUGACAUGGUACUGGGAAAGUACAACACGAUAGUCACUCUGGGCUCUGUAUAUCUGGUAGGCACUUUCUUCCUUACAUAUGCAUCCGUGCAAUAUGCAUCUCAGGUGCUGAUUCUAGCAAGUCUAAUGCUGAUAUCGCUCGGAACAGGAGGCAUUAAGCCAUGCGUUGCUGCAUUUGGUGGAGAUCAGCUUGGACAGGCUAGCUUAUCAGGCAGAAAACGGUUCUUUGAUCUCUUCUAUUUCGCAAUCAACAUCGGAAGCAUGGCCUCAAUGAUUCUGUCGCCGAUUCUAUCCGAUGUUGGAUGCCUUGGAAAGCCAACGUGCUAUCCGCUGGCAUUCGGAGCAUCAAGCACGCUACUCGGAGUGUCCAUGCUUCUGUUUAUUUCUGGCAAAGGCUCUUAUAUAAUAAAGCCUGUAAGGAAGCAGCAGCUUGCAGAUACAUUUAGAAUGGUUGGCGCAGCAAUAAAGACGAUUGUCAGGAAAAAACAGGCGGUAGGCCGAGACAAAACCGCCGGAAUAUCCACUGCAUCUGAAAAAGCACAUUAUUUGGUCUCAGCAGAUGACCAACAGAAGCUCGUGCAGAUUUCCAAGGUGCUUUUGCCUGCUAUAUUCUUCUGGAUGCUGUACGACCAGCAAUCGUCGUCGUGGGUCGAGCAAGGCUCUAAGAUGAGCACACAUGCAACUAUACUUGGCAUGCAGAUUGACAUUGUUCCCUCACAGAUGCAGGCAUUCAAUUCGAUAUUUACCUUGGCAUUUAUUCCAACCUUCUCAAAGGCAGUCUAUCCAAUGCUUGCUGCAAUAGGCAUUUCUCUUCCACCAGUAGAGAGAAUGAGUGUAGGAAUCGGACUGGUGUCAAUCAGUUUCUUCAUGUCCGCAUUCAUACAGCACAAAGUAGAUGUGCUUGCAUACAAUCACCAGCAGUUGUCCAUCCUAUGGCAGUUACCUCAAUAUGUUUUGCUGACUGCCGGAGAAGUAAUGCUGAACAUAACAGGCUUGGAGUAUGUCUACUCUGAAGCACCCGAGUCAAUGAACUCGUUAUCGCUAUCAAUGUGGCUGUUAACUGUGGCAGCAGGAAACAUCGUUGUUAUGCUUCUUUCGCUUGUUGAUGUGAUUGCUUUGCUGUCUAUUCCACAUCAUGAUACCAGCAGCUUCAUACUCUACGGUGUCAUAGGUCUGUUUGCAUCGAUCAGAAUGUUCUUGGCAAGAAAGCCGGCCAGUAAAUAG